UAUGCAAAUUAAAGGCGAUGUCGCGCGCUGUAACCACGCCCCCUUACGCCGGGGGCGGUGCUCCGUAGCCGGCCGCUGAUUGGUUCGGGAGAUCACGUGGUUGUCCCGGAAGCGGCGGCGCUGCUCGGCGAGCCCGGGAUCCCUCGGCUCGGCCCGGAGCCCUCGGGACCCCCGGAGCCCUCGGGACCCCCGGAGCUGCCGGCAUGGCGGAGGGCGGCCCGCGGCGGCUGCGGCCCUGGCUGCUGGCGCAGCUGCGGAGCGGCCGCUUCCCGGGGCUCCAGUGGGACGACGCGGCUCAAACGGCGCUGAGGAUCCCCUGGGCCCACGGCGGGCGGAGCGGAGCCAAGGACGGGCCGGGGGCGGCGCUUUGCAGGGCGUGGGCGGAGUACAAGGGGCGGGUCCGGCCCGGGGACCCCCCCGACCCCGCGGGGUGGAAGACGCGGCUGCGCUGUGCCCUGGCCCGGAGCCCCGAGUUCCGGCUGCUGCCGGGCCGGGGCCGUCCCGACGGGCCCAGCCCCUACCGCGUGUACCGGCUGCUGCCCGCCCGCGAACCGAAGCCCCCCAAGGCCCGGCAGAGCCAGAAGGAGGGGGGGCUGAGUCCUCCAGAGCCCCUCCCACCGACCCCACCCCCUGAGACCCAAGAAGGGGCCCAGGAUGACGAAGACCCUGCCGAGAUCCUGCCCCAAGAAGCGUCACCGCUGCGCAUCGAGGUGGAGAGCACGGAGCCCCUCCCACCCGCGCACGGAGACUCAGCGCUGCUGCUGCGCCUGCGCCACGGCCCCGCCCUGGCCUGGCAGGGGGCGCUGCCCCCCGGCGAGUACCUGCUCAGUCCUCCGGGCCGCCAGGGGGCGCCACCGCCGCUGCCGCGCCUGGUGCUGCGGGCGGGGGCGGGGCUGGGCCGGGGGCUCCUGCUCAGCAGCGCCCCCCGCGGGCUGUUCCUGCGCAUGCGCCCCGGGGACGGCCCCGCCCCCGGCCCCGUGCGGGGCCCGCACGCGCCACACGGGCCGCUCCAGCAGGGGGCGCUGCUGCAGCCGUUCGACGCACGGCGCUUCCGGGAGGCUCGAACAAGCCUUUGCCCAGCGGCUCCUGGACACCCUCGAGAUCCCCCCAGACCCCUCGGGGACCCCCCCCGAGCAAUAAAAGCUGAAUUUGGGUCAGGAGAGGUCACAGUGUCCCCCCUGACCCCCCCCCCGGGUCCCCGUGGCUCAGAAGGGGGCUGGGGGCACCCAAAGCGGGGGAGAACCAGGGCAGCCAUACUUGUACAAAUGGGGUUUAUUUGGGGGGGCCCACGCAGGUUCCUCAGUCGUCCUUGA